AUGACUCCUUCGGAGUUCUUCUACACCUUCCAUCUUGGCUAUACCAAGACCCCCACUGAAGCAGCGGGAGACAAGGCAUAUGUUCGUCAGAUUGAAAACCGCUAUGCCGGAGCGAUUUGUCUUGCCAUUGGCAGUGGUGGAGUCUACACGCAAGAGCAAGUGCGUUACCUCCGAGGCUUUGUGACCAUUACUUCCCAAGAAGACACAACAUUGGUGGACAGGGUGGAGCCAAUGCUCAAGGAAGCCGCCGACUUGCUGGACGUGGAGCUGGUUUCCAGUAGCAGCUACUUUACCGAUUUACAAUUUUUGAAGGAUGCUGGGAGGAGCAUGGUGUAUGACAUGUACACUUGUGCAGCACUUGCUGACUUUCCAGAGCCGCAAAUGGUGGCCAUAUCCCUGAUUGCUGAAGAGCUGGGGGUCACUGAGUUUGGACUUCUGGAAAAAAUUCGAAAACAAGUGGAAAUGGAAGUGGAACUGAGAAAGAACCGGAUCAAGUUACUGUACCCUGAAGGUCAUGACAUGCUGGAGCCGCGGUAUGCAAACCUUCACAAGGGGAAUUGA